AUGGCUGCCUAUAGUGGAACCAGUGAUGGAGACUUUUGUCCUCUGGAUCCACUGAUGGACAUCAAAAUAGAGCCAGAGGAAUUCUGUGAGUCUAAUGAAGAUGAUGAAUAUUCAUAUGAAAUGGAGUCAACAGUGAAUGAAAAUCAUCCACAAACUUGCAAAAAGGAAGUAAAACAAGAAAGAAGGAUCUGUGACAAUGGAGAGAAGCUUUUCGUAUCCACUGACUGUGAGAAAGCAUUUUACAAGAAAAUUAAUCUUACAAAUGAUAUCACAAAUCCUACCAGAGAGAAAUUCAUAUGUAAUGACUGUGGAAAAACAUUUUACUUGAAACGUAUUCUUAGAGUUCAUAUGAGAAUCCACACUGGAGAGAAGCCAUUCAUGUGUAAAGAAUGUGGGAAAGCAUUUUUUCCACCCAGAAAUCAAGUCUUACACGUCAUAUGA